AAGUAGAAGAAACCCACAAAACUGUGGAGGAAGACAGAAAAUUAUUGAUGCAGGCCGCCAUUGUUCGUAUUAUGAAGACCAGGAAAACUUUGAAGCAUGUUGCCUUGGUGAACGAAGUGAUUGCACAAUUGUCGAAUCGUUUCAAACCUAAAAUACCUGAUAUUAAAAAAUGCAUUGACGUUUUGCUGGAAAAAGAGUAUAUUGAACGUGUUGAGGGUCAGAAAGAUAUGUUUUCUUAUCGUGCAUGA